ACAAGAGGCCAGAGGCGGCGGCGGCGGCGGCGGCGGCGCCAUGGAGGACAUCAACUCCAACGUGAACGCCGACGCCGAAGUGAGGAAGCUGCAGGAGCUGGUGAAGAAGCUGGAGAAGCAGAACGAGCAGCUCCGCAUCCGCAGCGCGGCCGGGGCGCCCGGCGGCAGCCCCAAGAGGCUCCUCAGCGGCGGAGGAGGGUCGGGCGCCUGCACGCCGCCGCUGCUCUUGACGCCUCCCGCCGCCCAGCCCUCGCCGUCCCCUUCGCCGUCGCCCCUGGGGCUGGAGAGCCGCGGCCUCAACUCCAAGGCCGGGCCGACGCGCCGGCCUCCCCCGGACGACGAGCGAGGUGCCGAGGCGGCGCGGGGGACCGCCGAGAAGAGCGGCCUGCUAGACGAGGUGGAGCCGCUGAGGCCCGACGAGCUGGAGCGGCUGGCCGGCUGCGAAGAGGACGAGACGGGCUGGUUGUAUAUGUCACCAAAGAAGAAAGCGACCCCAGUGCAAAAAUCAAUCAGUCCGCUCGUUUGGUGCAGGCAAAUACUGGAUUAUCCAACUCCAGAUAUUGAAUGUGCUAAACAGUCAUUGAUCCAUAGGCUUGAACAGACCAUGUCAGCUCUCAAGAGACACAGCCUAUAUAGUAAUCCAUUCAACACUGUCAACUACACAAACUCCUAUAGCCACAGUGCUGGCAGUCCCUACAGCACUAGCUUCAGUUCUUCUUCCCCUACACCAGCGAAAGCUCCUUUAGUAAAACAGCUCAUAUAUCCUAACAACUCAGGUCAUUUCAAAAGUUCUGAUCGAAAUCCUCCACUCAGCCCACAAUCCUCUAUAGACAGUGAAUUAAGUGCUUCAGAAAUGGAUGAAGACUCAAUAGGAUCUAAUUACAAACUAAACGACUUAACCGAUGUGCAAAUUUUAGCCCGAAUGCAAGAAGAGAGUCUUCGGCAAGAAUACGCAGCAACGACUUCUCGGCGUAGCUCUGGUUCUUCAUGUAGUUCUAUGCGGCGUGGAACGUUUAGCGACCAGGAACUUGAUGCCCAGAGCUUAGAAGACGAAGAAGACAGCUGCCACCAUGCAGUGCACCCAGCUAUGAAUAGGUUCUCUCCAUCACCUCGCAAUUCACCCCGGCCUUCGCCAAAGCAGUCCCCGAGGAAUUCUCCCAGGUCUCGAUCCCCCGCUAGAGGAAUAGAGUACAGCAGAGUGUCGCCUCAGCCCAUGCUUAGCCGCCUGCAGCAACCCCGCCUUUCACUUCAAGGACAUCCCCCUGAUUUACAAACCACCACUGUCAAAAAUGAAGAAAAACUAAGGCGUAGUCUUCCAAACCUCUCCAGGACAUCUAACAUCCAUGUUGAGUCUGUGAAAAACAGUAGAAGUGACUCAAACUUUCAAGUGCCAAACGGAGGAAUACCUCGUAUUCAGCCUCAGUCCUCAGCCACUCUGCAAAAGCAGAAAAAUUUGCACCGUGUUGCCUUCAAAACCAAACAACAACUUCAUACUCCAGCUGCCAAAGGAGUUCCGUCUCCCAGUAAAUUCCGGUCUCCAGCAGCACCCUCACCUCUGGCUCUGAGACAGCCAGUAAAAGCAUUUAAUACCCAUGGACCUAACUCUGUUCCCGAAGCCACGCAGCUGCCUUUAGCGGCUCCCAGUUCUGCCUCUGCAAGUCCAGCCAGCGGCAUCAACAGUGCUACCCUUACCAGACCUGCAGGAACCACAGGGUUAAGGAGUGGCUUGCCAAGACCUAGUGCCCCCUCCUCCGGGGGCAUUCCAGUGCCUCGCAGCAAACUCACACAGCCCGUUCGCAGAUCUCUGCCAACUCCCAAAACGUACAGCAGCGCAAAAGACGAGAGCUGGAAGGAUGGCUGCUACUGAACAGCAAAGCUUUUUGUUAACUCAGCACGCCCGUCUUCACCAGGCUAAACCAGGCUAAAUCAACAUGCAGACUGAUGGAAAAUACUUUGGGACGGAGGGGUUGAAACUCUCCAGAUCUCUCUGUCUUUAAUUAGCACAAGCUGGCAGAGAUUAUAAAACAGCACUUUAAUGACAUUAACAUCAGAUACUUGGUGAUCACUCAAAAUCAUUUUUACGUGAAUCACGUAUCAUUUCUGAAGCUCUGCUUCCCUUGCUUCCUAAAAUUGUUAUCAAUGCUCUCACAUGGCUAAAACAGCCCACAUGGAUUCAAUCCAGGGCAGAUAUCUUAAUAUGCCAAAGAUACAUCCAUUUUGGAAAAAAAGCAGCACGUAAAAAUGUUAAGCAAAAAUAAUAAUUCUUGAAAGCUCACAUGUUAGUGGAUUUUAAAGAGCAAGGCUUUCUUUUUUAACACGUAGAAGAGAAAUAUUGAUGUUGAUCAAAGCGAAAAUUGGAUUGUAAAAAAAAUGCUACUGGGCUAGGUGAGAUUGUUUGAGACCAUUGUGGAAGAGGUGCGUGGAGAAACCGAGUCACAACAGAACCUUGUCUCUGGAGUCUCACUAUGGGAGCGGUAGGCGAGUCCGUACCAUAUUUUUUUCUUUUAAAACAAACCUAGGCCUCUGAGACUCGAUAAGCAUAGGUCGCAUUUCUUUUUUUAUGUUGACUUGUCAUAUCAGGUUUUUGUAUAAUGCUACGAUUGCCAAAAGGGCUCGUUUUCAGUUGUACAAUCCCAAAACUAGCUGUUCCUGGCUCAGGAAAAUAGCCCUUUCUUUCUUUCUUUCUUUCUUUCUUUCUUUCUUUCUUUCUUUCUUUUUCUUUCUUUCUUUCUUUCUUCCCCCCCCUCUCUUUUUCAGCGAUCUUUUUUAAAUGUAUGAGUCCUUUUUUUAGAGCAAGCUUUCCUGGAAAGAGAAAGGAAGAGAAUGGAUGAAGAAAUAUCGCCGCGUGCUUAAUGCUUGGAGUGCAACUGAGCAGGCCUGUAGUUAACAUGAAGGGAAAAACAACUAUGCAGCUCUUGUCCAGAGGUUCUAAGUAAAUCAGUUGUUCUGCUGAUACCAAAUGCUUUAUUCAUGUGGGUAAUGUUUCAUGGUAUGAGGGAGUCUUCUUUCUUUUUCUUCUUCUUUUUUUUUAAAAAAAGAUCAGCUUCCUAGAGGUGCGUUUAAAAUUGUAAAUACUUCCACUGAGGUUAUUGCCCCUAUUAAUAUUUUAACUAUGUACUUUGCCUUAUAUUUGUAUUUUGCAUUGUUGGUAACAGUUUGGAAAAGAAAAGAAAACUCUGCCACGUAUGUUUACAAAGUGGUUUGUUCCUCUAACAGUUGUCAGCUUUUCGCUAUUUUGCCGGUCCUUAUUGUCAGGGUAUCCCCUCACGCGGUAGAAAAAUACUACUACCCAAAGCCCCAUCGAUUGCAGCUCCCCUUUUCAGUUGCUUGUAUGUUGGAGUGGAAGACGGAAGGUAAGCUACUUACCAGAAAGAAACUCGGAGUAAGUCGGUUGCAAGAAUUAUUUUUCUUUUUAAGGAAAGAAAAGGCAGUCUCUUAGAAUGACAUUUCCUUUUGCUGUCUAAAGUACUGAGCUUAAAAAAAAAAAAAGGUUUUAGCUAGGAUACCAGUUUGAUAAGGACUGAACAUCCAAACAUGUUCUGUUUGCAGCUUGAAAACCUCAUUCAUGCCUGCCUCUUAAAAUGCGUGCUUUUGAAUUUUACAAAAAAAAAGAAAAAAGAAGAGUUAAGUGGUUUGGGGAUUCCGAUCUUUGAUUAUUUAGGUAGCCUUCCUAGAUUAGUGGAUUAAAAGCCAUGCAAUUUUUACUUGAAUUGGAAAUGUGACCAAGGCAGGAUAGGACUAGACAUCUGUUCCAGCACUCAGGCAAUUUUUCUUUUUUUUUUUUCUUUUCUUUUUUUAAAAUUUAAAGGAAUGGCCCUUCUGUGGUCUUGUGUAAGGGAUGGGAUUCUGGGAUCUUUAGAUGCUGGGUUCUGAAGGCACAACAUAGGUCUUUCAGACGUAAAUGAUCAUCUGCAAAUAAGAUAAGACAUGGGCAUCAUGGAGAUUUUUGCAGAGUCCAUGCUCACCUUGCCGCUUUGCCUAGUGGAAUGACUUGCACUUCUGUGAGUCACAAGCACAGUGUGGGAAGUGAGUUUCCUUUAACUGGGAACGUUACUAUCAACACAUCCUAAUUUACAGUCAAGUCAGAACAAGAAGAAUUGAACUGGGAUUGUCUUCUUAAAUCAGGGUAGCCAAUCAUUGUAGGAAGAGCAGCUAACAGAGCUGUGUUGCACUGUUAGUCCAGCCUAUUUAAAGCGCCGAACAGAAAACAUGAGAGAUCUAAAUAUUUUUUAGGUAACUUUUACCUAGCCUAAUUUUUAAAAUGGGGCUCUAGCAAAGCAGUCUUUAUAAGUGGGAACAUUCUCAUUUCUACUUUUACUACAAAAAAGAAAAAAAACUGAAUAUUUUCUUCAAACAUCCAGAUGUUGCCUUUUUUAACCAAGCUACAUCACCUUGAUUUAUAAAUGUGUUUUCCAUGAAGCUCAUCCUUGCAUUACUUCGAUAAUGCAUCAAGUUUUAAGGGCAUCGUCCCCCCUGCCGCCACAUUGCAAUAAACAUCCAGCAAAUUUAGAUUCCUGGAAAAGGGAUACUUAGAGGAGACUUUCACAUUGUCAGUUUAUUUGAUUGCCAUGACAUCCUAUGACUUUCUGUGUUUUAGAGGUUUGGGUAUAUUGAAGUGUGGAAACAUGAAUAUGAUAAACUAGUGCCUAUGAUUUACUUAAUUUAUGUUUGACAAUAGUUGUUAAGGGUUUUAUGAAUGUGGGGGGGAUUGUGUCAGCAGCUCAGAAUUGUUGUGUGUAUGUAGGCAGAAAACAAAAGGGGUUCUGCUUCUAAAAUUAUUUAAUUUUUCCUCAGUGUUUGAAUGUUUUUUGUAAAUGUUAAUAAUAAAAAGUGUAAAAAGGAAGAAUAUAGGUAUUCUUAAAACAUUUCUUUGACUCCUUUUUGAAAUAAAAUAUAUAUAAAAUGAAA